CUGACUGUUUCUGUAUACACAGCUGAUCCAGAACACAAGCUUCGUAACGUCUAGGGUGUUACUAUCCGGAGUCGCGGUGGCUUAAGCGCUCAACGCAACAUUUUGACUGGGUGCCACGGGCUAUCUGCGGCAAGCAACCACGCGAUUGGAAGGUCCACGAAACAUGACGACAAGAGGCCAAAUCCUUCUAUGCUGGCGCAGUGCUGGGGCCUUCGAUGAUCCUACUCCUCCCAAUUCCAGCACACGCAUUCGGUUCCGGAAAGCUGCUGAGCAGAAAGACCUUAGGAAGCAGCAGAAGCAGGAUAAAGAGCAGCGCAAGUAUAUGCAACGCAUUUCGAAGCAAGAUGGAGGGGAAAAGGCUAUUCUUCCUCGCAUUCGCCCUCACCCUCAUCCUCGGUUUUACCCUCGCACUAAUCCUCACCCUCACCCUCACCCUCACCCUCAGGCCCGGACCCCUCCCCCUCCUUGCGCUCAGGCUUUUCCUCUUCCUCUUCAUCCUUCCCGUCGGGCUCGGACCCCUCCUUCUCCUGAGGACUGGGUCCUUCUUCCUUCUCCUUCUCCUCCACCUCCACCUCGGGCUUGGACCCCUCCUCCUCCCCCUCGUAAUUGGAUCCUUCCUCCUCCUCCUCCCUCGGGAUCCUCUUUCUCCUGAAAGCUGGAUCUUUCCUCUUCCUCUUCCUCUUCCUCUCCCUCCUCCUCCUCCCUCUCCCUCUCCCCCUCCUGUUCCUUCUGUUCCUCCUUAUUCUCCUUAUUCUCCUCCUCCUCGGGCUUGGACUCCUCCCCUUCUCCUUCUAGACCGGGCCCCUCUUACCAUUCCUCGUCCCCGCCUUCGUCAGGCGCCGGAUUCUCCCCGCCCCCCUCGCCCUCGCCCUCUACCACUGCUUUAUGCCCAGCCACUUGUGUCUUCACUGAGCAGUGCCGACAAAGAUUCCAUAAGCACCUCAGCUUCAUCCGGUGUCGCCGAUUCGAAAGCUCCUCCGUCUGAGUCUCUUUCCUGUUCUUCGAGCCAGUUCGCGACUAGUCCAAAGCAGCCCGUAACGCCGUCGCUAGCGGCGGCUGGUGAUACACUUCCUUCUUUACCGGCUUCCGAAACUGAGCAGGAGUGGCGGCGCCAGAAGGAUGUCGAAGGCGCGUACAAUUCCGCUAUCGACGCCAUUAUGGAGAUGACCGGCCUGGAGGAAGUCAAGGCCCAGCUGUUGCGGAUCAAAGCCAAGAUCGAUACCACGCGGCGCCAGGGCGCGUCGAUCGAGGACGAAUGGUAUAACGUCGUACUGCGAGGCAACCCAGGAACCGGCAAGACAACUGUUGCACGACAUUACGCAAAGUUCCUCGCUCUGGUCAACAUUGUUCCCAGCAACAACUUCAUCGAGACGACUGGUUCUCGUCUGGCCAGCGACGGUGUUCUCAGCAUCAAGGGGCAGAUCGAACGCAUGGCCAAGAACGGCGGCGGCGCGAUGUUCAUCGACGAAGCGUACCAGCUCACUAAUGGACAGACCGUUGGUGGCAAGCAGAUCCUCGACUUCCUCCUCGGCGAGAUGGAGAGACAUGUUGGCAAGAUGGUCUUCAUCUUUGCGGGCUACAACAAACAGAUGGAGAAGUUCUUCGAGCACAACCCGGGACUGGCGAGUCGUGUGCCGUACUCGCUGCAGUUCAGCGACUACAACGACCCCGAGCUCCUGCACAUGCUUGGGAAGCUGAUAUCGAAGAAGUACAAUGGACAGAUGAAGGUCGAGGGCGGGAUAUUCGGGCUGUAUAUGCGCGUUGCAGUCAGGCGUCUAGGCCGCGGACGAGGGAAGGAAGGCUUUGGCAAUGCCAGAGCGCUCCGCAACAUGCUUGCGACCAUCUCCGAGCGGCAGGCGAUACGCCUGACGGAGGAACGCAAGAGAAGGACGCGCCCAGAUGACUUCCUCCUGACGAAGGAGGACAUUAUUGGCCCUGACCCUUCGAAGGCAGUCCUGGAGAGUACCGCAUGGAAGAAGCUGCACGAGCUGGUCGGCCUCGCUGAGGUCAAGCGGUCCAUCAAGACCCUCUUCGAGCUCGUCGCAGAGAACUACAAGCGUGAACUGGCAGAGAAGCAGCCGAUCCAGAUGUCGCUCAACCGUGUAUUCCUCGGCAACCCCGGGACAGGCAAGACAAUGGUUGCGAAGCUGUAUGGGCAGAUCUUAGCAGAUCUUGGACUGUUGAGUAACGGUGAAGUCGUGCUCAAGAACCCCGCCGACUUUCUCGGGUGUGCUAUCGGAGAAUCGGAGCGGAAUACCAAAGCCAUUCUGGAAGCUACGAUUGGCAAGGUCCUCGUCAUCGAUGAGGCAUAUUCGUUGUACGGAGGCGAGAACGCAGGCGGCAGGAAUCUUUACAAGACGGCCGUGAUCGAUACCAUCGUCGCGGAGGUUCAGAGCGUCCCGGGUGAAGACCGAUGUGUUCUCAUGUGUGGCUACGAGCGACAGAUGCGGGAAAUGUUCCAGAACGUCAACCCAGGUCUUUCGCGUCGCUUCGCAAUUGAGGAUGCAUUUCGCUUCGCAGACUUCGCCAACUCCGAACUUCUCGAGAUCCUGAAUCUGAAGCUGAAGGACCAAGAUCUCGACGCGACGCCUGAGGCCAAGGCGGUGGCGAUCGAUAUGCUCAGUCGGGCCCGCGACCGACCGAACUUUGGGAACGGCGGGGAGAUCGAGAAUAUACUCGGCAAAGCGAAGAAUAACUACCAGUCACGCCAAUCAAAGCUUCCCGCUUCUCACCGGCCGCUCGAGGUUAUCUUCGAGCCUUUGGACUUCGAUCCCAACUUCAACCGCGCGGAAAGGGCAGACAAAAACCUCAAGAAGCUUUUCGAGGAUAUGGUCGGAUGCGAGAAGAUUGUGGAGAAGCUGCAGGAGUACCAGAACAUCGCACGUGUUACCAAGCAGCGCGGGUGGGAGGCACGGGAGGCGCGGCAUCUCAUCCCGACUAACUUCGUGUUCAAGGGACCUCCUGGUACCGGCAAGACGACCACGGCGCGCAGGAUGGGCCAAGUUUACUACGACAUGGGCUUCCUCUCAUCCACAGAAGUCGUCGAGUGCUCCGCGUCCGACCUGGUAGGACAAUACGUCGGACAUACAGGGCCGAAGACGAAGCAAGUCUUCGAACGAGCUCUGGGCAAGGUUCUUUUUAUCGACGAGGCGUAUCGUCUUAGCGAGGGCGCGUACGCAAAAGAGGCAGUGGAUGAACUCGUCGGGAUCCUCACCCAGGAGGCUUUCGUUGGGAAACUCAUCGUCAUUAUCGCCGGAUACGGCAAGGAGAUCAACACGCUGCUAGCCGCGAACCCUGGACUUGCGAGUCGAUUCCCUGAGGAGAUACACUUCGACAACAUGUCACCAGAGCACUGUCUCGAGAUAUUGAAGAAGGACCUCGCGAAGGACGACAUCGAAUGCGCGGCGAUUGGGGCGACAUCCUCGGACGAGUACAAGCAGAUGUGUCGCUGA